CUGUGACCAUGGAUAGUGGAGGCUCUGGGUGCCAGAUGGGCAGGGAUAAUGGAGGGUGACCACAUGUCCCAGUUUUAGCACUGGCAGUCCCACAUUCUGAGAAACCACUCAGUCCUGGGCCAACUGCAAAGGUUGGUUAUCCUAGUAGAGGGAAAAGACCCAAGAAUGGGCAGUAGGGCAGUGUUUGCCAUGAGCAGAGCCAGAGCUGAGGGCUCAGGGCUGUUUUGGGAGAAGAUCAGGGUCCAGAAUUUAAAUCACCUAAAAAAAAAAAAAAAAAGACACGUAGUACCCUGAAUCAAGUAAACAAAUGCAUCUGCAGGCCCUAUCUUUCUGAGCAGGUCCCUGUGGAUGGGGGCAGCUGGCGUCUCACUGGCCCAGUCUCUCUGAGAGCUAGUAGAACAGCUGAGAGCAAAGGCCUGGGAUGUGGGGUUUGUUGUGGGGUGAAAUGGAUGCUGGGGUUCCCUAGCUGAAGUAGCCUCAAAGCAAAGUAUUCUCUAUGAUUUUUUCUAAAAUUCUUUUUUGGAAAAUGACCCUCAGGCUCUCUGCCCCUUCCACAGGUGUGAGCUGGAGUUGAGUAGGACUUUGACCUUCUACCCUGCAGUUUUGAUCCAGAGGGCAGGCUGCAGCAGCCAUGGGAAUGUCCCAGGGAGACUUGACAGGGUUGGCAGGCAGAGCACCUUAGCUUUUCUGAUAAAGCCAGUCUUCCCUGGCUCUUAGGAAAAACACAUGCACCCACACCUGUGCAAGAACUAUUUCUGUGUUCUAGAAUACAUAUAAAUGCUCAUGUGUCCUGUGACCUUUUAAAAUACAACUCAGCUCUCCUUUUUCUGAGAAUGUACCUAACGAAGUUCUUUAUUUUUUCAUCUGUUGGAUGGGAGAACUACGUGUGAUUACCCGAGUUCCAAGGUGCUGCUCCCGGCAGCCAGCUUGCUGCAGCUCAUGGACGUUCGACAGAACUGCUGUGACUUUCUGCAAUCUCAGUUGCAUCCCACCAAUUGCCUGGGCAUCCGUGCGUUUGCAGACGUGCACACCUGCACCGACCUUCUGCAGCAGGCCAACGCUUACGCAGAGCAGCACUUUCCAGAGGUGAUGCUGGGGGAAGAAUUUCUUAGCCUAAGUCUGGACCAGGUGUGCAGCUUGAUAUCCAGUGACAAACUGACCGUUUCUUCAGAAGAGAAGGUGUUUGAAGCUGUGAUUUCCUGGAUCAAUUAUGAGAAAGAAACCCGUUUAGAGCACAUGGCAAAGCUGAUGGAACAUGUCCGUCUUCCUCUCUUACCUAGGGAUUACCUAGUCCAGACGGUUGAAGAAGAAGCUUUGAUAAAGAAUAACAACACCUGUAAGGACUUCCUCAUUGAGGCCAUGAAAUACCAUCUGCUCCCUCUGGAUCAGAGGCUCUUGAUUAAGAACCCAAGGACCAAGCCCAGGACCCCAGUCAGCCUGCCCAAGGUCAUGAUUGUGGUCGGCGGCCAGGCGCCCAAGGCCAUCCGCAGCGUGGAGUGCUAUGAUUUCGAGGAAGACCGGUGGGAUCAGAUUGCCGAGCUUCCUUCCAGGAGAUGCAGAGCAGGUGUGGUGUUCAUGGCUGGCCACGUGUACGCGGUGGGCGGGUUUAAUGGCUCGCUGCGCGUGCGCACAGUAGACGUAUACGACGGAGUGAAGGACCAGUGGACGUCCAUUGCCAGCAUGCAGGAGCGCCGGAGCACGCUGGGUGCGGCGGUGCUCAACGACUUGCUCUACGCGGUGGGAGGCUUUGAUGGCAGUACUGGCCUAGCGUCGGUGGAAGCCUACAGCUACAAGACCAACGAGUGGUUCUUUGUAGCCCCGAUGAACACACGGCGGAGCAGCGUGGGUGUAGGCGUUGUGGAGGGGAAGCUCUAUGCGGUCGGGGGUUAUGAUGGGGCUUCUCGGCAGUGCCUGAGCACCGUGGAGCAGUACAACCCGGCUACCAACGAGUGGAUCUACGUGGCAGACAUGAGCACCCGCCGCAGUGGUGCAGGGGUUGGGGUGCUGAGCGGACAGUUGUAUGCCACAGGUGGACAUGAUGGGCCCUUGGUGAGGAAGAGUGUCGAGGUUUACGAUCCUGGAACAAACACCUGGAAGCAGGUAGCAGACAUGAACAUGUGCCGGCGCAAUGCAGGGGUCUGUGCAGUGAACGGGCUUCUGUAUGUUGUUGGAGGGGAUGACGGAUCCUGCAACUUGGCUUCAGUGGAGUACUACAACCCUGUCACCGACAAAUGGACGCUGCUGCCGACCAAUAUGAGCACAGGGCGGAGCUACGCAGGUGUUGCUGUGAUUCAUAAGCCCUUGUGACCCAAACUCCCACUGCCAGGAGGUGGAAGAAGGGAGAGGGUGCUGCCUGUGACUCAGAACAGUGGGACCAAGAUGACUAGAUUCAGCUCGCUUGGGAGAGUCUGUGGUGGUGCAAGAACCACCUCCUCUGACCUGGCAGGUGACACUGCAGUGUGACCACCCAUCUGUGACUCACCUCCUGCUCCCCUCAGGUGCUCUGCCUCUGCCCUGAGCAGUGGGGUUCCUGACAGCCCUGAGCAGCGCCUUUGGGCAUUUUUGUGUUUCUACACAGACAGCAGAGAACCUAGAACAUGUGUGUGUGUAGAACACGAAGUUUCACUGAGUUAGGGUGUAGGGGUGUGUGAUAGUCUACUGGAUUUCCUAACUACUGAUGCUUUCACUAUGCGAAAAAAUCAAAUCACAGAAACCUCUCUUCUGGAUUUGGCCUCUGGGGACCCUGAACUACUAAAGCUGCUGUCUUCUGGAGGUCCAGUGGGACAGGUUGGGAAGGACCAGAAAUAACCGGUGAGAGGGCCAGCGCCCUGCCCACGCCCACUUACGUUAUUUGACUACUGUAACUGUCUGUGGAGAAGCUGAGAGAUUCUCAAAGUGGCCCCAUGUUAUCUGGGCUAGAAGUAGUGAGCACAUGGAUCCCCAGUGCUCCUCAGCUGGGCACUCUUCCUCAUGCUCUCCUCCAGGAAACAGACAAGAACUGCCCGCUCUUCCUAUUUGAGCCCGUGGUCCUUGAUGUCAGGGAUUCCAGGUCUGGGAGAUUUUUCAAUCUUUUCAGGUGGAAAACUAGCGCUUCAGAUAAGCCCUGAAGAAAAAAAAAAAAAUAAGCAAGAUGAAAACGAAACAAAGCAACAACAAAUUGGUAAGAAGCCAGUCCCUGCCCAUAAUGAUCUCAGAGAGGGAUCCUAGUUCUGGGUUUGCCCAGGACUGGAGAGCCCCUGUUAAUAUCUGUUAUCUAGGCUUAAUUAUGCAUAGCACCCCAUUUUACUUUCAAAAGUGUUCCAGUUUGGAGGAUAAGUAAAAGGUCCCCUACCUCCAAAUCCAAAGAUAGACAUGUCCCUAUAUUGGAUGGUGUCAUGUGUGAUUCAGCUGGACAUGGAUGAAUUCAAAGGAACAGACUGCCCGAGGGUGGCCCUUGGCACUUUGUGACAAUGAUCAAGUCUGUACGAUAUCUUUGUCUUCCUUAUCUUGUCGUCUACUCAAGGGCCUGUACCUUCAGCCUCACCCUCAGGAUCCCCCCUCUCCUCCUUGCUACCCAUGUGGGAGAGUGGUGGGCCCUGGGUGUGUGAACUCUCCCAGGUGUACAUGCAUUUUGAAAGAGGAACUUGAUCAGUGCUUUUCUAAUUCACAAGUAAAAAUGAUUAAGGACAGAAUUUCCAGCAUCUUUUACAGAAAAGAACUUUAAAGCCUGUGCUGUUCCUGAAGUAGCAAGUUGAUUGUGCUGGAUUUCCAGCAUUGGGAGGGGAGGUCUUGUGUGUGGAGAACAGUCUCACAUCCUGGAGGUAGAGGUGUAAUUCUCCCUGAUGUCAAACUCUGCCUUCAGGAAGCCAAGGGGCUUUGUAAACCCUGAUGUUAGACUUCGGAUGCAACUGGGCUACUUCCAAGCAGAUACUGCAGGAGAAUGGCAAGCUCUCCUCCCCCAUUUAGAAACCAGGAUGCCCCCCAGCCAGUUGGUCAGUUUAUGUAUUUACUGUCUAUUUAUUGUGCACUAAACACACAAUUCUCCUGAGGAGGAAAGUACUCCUUCUGAUGUUGAGCAGUUGUUACUUGAGGAUGUCAUUUGGAGAGCACCAAGGCACCCAAAACUUUUUAGCAGCCUUGGGAAGAGGCUAAAACAUCCAGUUUUGGAGGACCAGGAAGAAAUGUGUCCAAAGGAAUCAAGGCACACUUUUAAUUGGGUGCUCUGGCCUCACGCAGCAGAUGAGAUAACUGUGGUUUCAGUACUCUGCCGGGCUCUGGCUUGGAAGCGGUGUAAUGAGUUCUGUGGCCCAAAUGUUUUUCUUCCCUCUCUGAGGAACGUUUGCGACUUUGUUUUGGUGUGUUUAUUGUGGAGAUGUGGUUGGCGGUUGGGGUCAGAUACAUGCUAUUUAUACAAGCUCCUGGUUUCAGAUGAAAAGUGAGCCCCGCAUCCCCACCAUCUAGAAGCUGGAUGUUCAUGCUUAUGGCAGAGAUGGUGGAGGAGGGGGCUGGAGAUUAUUUUUUUGUGUGUUGUCCUCUCAGAAGGGGUCUCUCCCCUGGAAAACAGCUAGCAUAUUUUCUGCAUUGGAGUUUUGCUAUUGGUUCCAUCUCCCGUCUCCCUUUCCAGAAGCACUGUCCCUGCUGGUCAUGGCCAUGUUCAUUUCAUCUCACAUGUACUUUCUUCUGGGGACUAGAACACUGAUACGUCAUCACCAAAAAGCCAGUCUACUCCAGCUGCCCACGGAUGCCAUCCCAAACUGCCCUUUAUCGCUAGGUACGAGUCCCUCUCCACAGUGGGGCACAGCAGAUUUAUUUUCAAACCUAUACUGGUCACCCAGUGGGUAAGAAGCCCCCUCCCCCCAAUGAGUGGCCACUGCUGCUUGUGAUGUGUCUGAAAGUCUGAUUGCAGUGAUGAACUGGAAUUGAGGUCCAAGGUUAGAAGCAGCUUAGACACCACUUGGAUACUGAUUUGGAAAACCUAUGUCAGCCUGAAUUCCAAAGUAAUUUCUCAUCAAUACCCAAUGGCAUCUCUCAUUUAAAAAGUUGCAGUAUUAUGCAAAUGAAAGUGACCUCAUUUUCUGCUAUGCAAUAAGAAUACUUAAUUCUUUUUCAUGACAAACCAGUUGCAAUAUCCCCUAAGAUGCUUUUUGAGCUGUCUUACUUUGAUAUCUGUUGUGUAAUGUUUGUAUAUUUCUGAGCCAGAGCCUUUCAAAGAUUGCCUUUUUAUAAAAUUGAAGCUGUAGCUUUCAAGCUAAAACUUUAAUGUAGAUAUUUUUAUAAGAUCAUUUUUCAGGAUAGUUGAAUUGCUUUUUAUUGUCCACAGUGAUGAAAUAUUAUGUUCCAUAUGUCACUCACUCUCAAACAUAGUUCAUGCCUAUAGCUGUUUUCCCUUUAUUUCUCACCCUCCCCCAAACUCAUUUUUCACUAGUUCCAGGUAGACAAGCCCCUUUGACUUGGAGUCUUCUUACUUAUACCAUAUUUAAGGGGUACUGUGGAAUUUAAAAAAACAUUCAACUGGUGGCUCUUGAACUCCUAGGGACUAAUGUUAAGCUUGAAUCAGCACUUGCCCAUCUUUAUUGCCUGUCUCCUUGUUUUGGAGUCUGCUGUCUGUAGGGGUGAGGCUGGCCUGGCCCAUGUCCUGGAGGCUCUGGCUGCCUGGCCCCCAGGCUGGCUGAUGGUGGUGUGGAAAAGCCCCAGGGCAAUCGCCAGGAGUUUCCUAGAUUCAGCACACCUUUCCUCAGUCUCUUCUGUCCCCUUGUUCUUGUGAAACUUCCAACAGCUUAAGGCCUUCCCUACCGGAUGUUGUCCCUUUUGGAAAUGUCUUCUCUCUAAAUUUUAAAAGAGGAGUCAGUCCUCAUGAUCCCUGUUAAGAAUGUGUUAAGUGUGUGCUUUGCAGAUGCUCACACUAAACUUACAACUUACUUGCCUCUUGAGCUGUGUCUACACUCCAGGCUUUAUUUUAUGUGUUUAUUUGCCAUUGGCCUUGUGUUUUUUAUGUACGUGUGUUUGUUUGUUUUUAUUCAAUAUUUUUAUUAUUGUUGGGACGGGUGCCAUUUUGAAUUGCCUCCAUGCUCCCCAUUUGCACCUUGUUGGAUCAAGUUGGGAGGUUGAGCAAACUCGUAUUCCAGUUAGCUGGAGUUUUCAAGGCUCUGCUUGCCUGGAAAAGCAAGGAGGUUGGAAUGUCUUUUUUUUUUUUUCCUAAAUGUUUGCACUAUUUUGAGUCCUAAGCCUCUCGUGUCCAGCUGUGUAUCUGCUGACCAAGCAGGAGAGCUGGCGAAAUGUCUGACCUUUGGGAAUGGAAGAGGCUUCUUCUUUAGUGGAUAAUCACAGCCUCACAGACCCUGUGCAUCCGUCGUUGUGGGACUCGGUGAUUCAUGGAUACGGCAUCAGCCAAGGCAGACACGCACAGGCCUGUGGCAUUCGGGUAAACAAAUUGCCGUCGUGCUGUGUUCUUGCCUUUGGGUAUGAGAUUGUAAAUUAUUUUUCCCCCUUUCAGUGGCAAUAAAGGACCCUUGUUGGACUCCUUGUUUAAUUUGUUUGGUUUUAAUUUGUUUAUGAUGUGUAAAAUACUUUCUUUGAAGGAAAACUUGACAUUGAAUGUGUAUCUCCGUGUGGGUGCUCUGUCCCCAUGAUUUCCACCAGCCAUCGGACUUGGUUACUGCUGCCCUGUACACGGAUCACAUAGGAAAGGUCCUUGAUCUGGUGUUUUCUGCAGGAGUGUUAGGGACCGUAUAUCUUGUAAAAGAACACUUGUCACAUGCUUGAUCAGUUACAGUGAGAGCUGAAGAAACAUUCCCUCAAAUACAUUAUUUUAACAGCAAUCAUGUUCUAGUUUCCCAAACUUUACAUUACUGUAAUUUUAAUAAAAGCUGAACUGUGUGAACCUU